UAGCCCCUCGAUGAUUAGUUGUAGGAAUAUUCACGCACUUUACCUAUCCUCUGACAAUCCAGAACGAGGCAACGGACAUGCUGAUCUCUCCCAUAUUACGCCUCUUAACUGGCUAACCAUGGAGAAUUUACUUUCCCCCCGACACCGUCAUCCUGGCAUGUGGUCCGUGUGCCCAGGAAAAGGCAUAUCGCUCGACGUGCAUCAUGUAUCUUGCAUCGCAUGCGUGGGUUCUAACUCAGUCACAGAAAAAAUCAGCCAACCAGCCACGAUGAGAGCGCAUCCUGGAAAAGCAAAAUGGCAACAAUACCACAUUGUAUAAGAGCAUAUCUCCACCAUCCUGGUCGAAGCUUUUCGUAGAGGAUGGUCUUUGCUUUCGUUUAUCUGUUCACAGGAUCCGAGAGGCAAUCAACACAUCCUGCCUCAGCCAUAGCAUGAGCGGCCCGUAUGUCCCGCCGGGACAAUCUCCCCCUUUUCAAGUGGUAGAUGAUUUGCAUCAUGGAGCUUGGAUUAUCAUCACUGGAGCUUUGGGUUUGGUCGUAUCUCUCGUCAGCUUCUUUAUCAGAUUGUAUGUGCGAAUUGCUCUCCAUCCGCCGUUUGCAUUCGAUGAUUAUCUUCUCCUUGGAGCGACGAUAGUAGCAACCGUGCAAGCAGCACUCCUCUUCAAUGCCGUGUCACAUGGUUUCGGGACAUCAAUCCACCUUCUGGAACAGGAUCAGGUGGAUAAAAUCCAAACACUCAUCACAGUCAGCGACAUUCUCUACCUAAUUACCGUCUAUAUCUCCAAAUGCUGCGUCUGCGGCAUCUACCUCCGUCUCACGCCCCAGAAAUGGCAUAACCGAGCCUCCAUAGCCACUCUCGCUCUAUGCACAGCAUGGGUCAUACCGGCCGUUCUCAUCAUCGCGGUGAACUGCGAAUUGAAUCGUCCCUGGAAAGGUUCCGGAGGACAAUGUGUGAAUCUGUCCAAACGCUGGCAAUUCAUUGUCGCACUAGACAUAGCGACUGAGCUUAUCAUCUUCGGACUAGCCGUGUUCCUACUCUGGGGACUAUUCAUGCCCCUCAAGCGCAAGCUGACUAUCGGAUUUGCGUUUAUGUUUCGGCUUCCUCCCAGCGCAAAAAGCGAAUGGCGCAGAUCAAUACUGACACCUAUGACUUCAAAACCAAGCCUGAUAAUCUUCUCCGUCUUCCACAUCUACACCAUCCUCCUCCUUGUCCACUCCCCGGAUCCCACACUAGCCGUCGUCACACCCAUCAUCUGGGCCCAGGUUGAACUCAACUACGCUCUCGUGGCGUGCAGUAUCUUCUGUCUACGGCCGUUCAUGGCGGCAGUGAGCACCAAUUACGGGACAGCGGGUGACUCGAAUCUCGAGAGUACGAGUGGAGUGUCGCUGUCGUGGAAGGUCGAUUCGUCCAAAGCGGGGUCUGGAAGACAGACUUAUUUGAAUCAUGAGGAGAGGCGGUCGUGGAGGGUAUCGAGGAGAUUGGAUGGUGGGCAUCAGGCAGGUCCUGUGGCUGAACCUGAUAUUGAGCUUGUUGAGAUGGAUGGGCAGCGCAGUGUUGGAAGUGAUGGUGGGAGUGGGAAGAUGAUGAUCCGGAAGGAUGUGGAGUAUACGAUUGAGUAUGAUAGGCAUUCUGAUUUGUGCAUGUCUGGUGCUGGUUGGAGGUAGUGCUGGGCUACUACUAUCCUAUUGGUGAUGAAGUAGUUCCGUGUUUGCAAAUGUAUAUAUUGUAUAGUAUAGCGCCUCUAUAUGAUUGGCGCUCUAAUGAAUGAAUAACUC